UCCAGCUUUGGGGAUGUAUCAUUGAAACACAGUCCGCUCAGGGCUGUGAUGGACAAUUAAAGUUGAAUUAAUUCCUUUAUUAAGUUGGACUGAUUGGUUUUUGAUCGUCGCUGUGAUUUCCUCUGACUCUUUUUGGUCGUAAAGUUUUGUCCUCUAACCCACUGACAGCUCCUGUGUCGGAUCGACAGAGCAGCGGGGGCACAUGGGAGUUGAUGGGCGCAGAGUGAAGUGGAUAUGAUCGACCACCAGCGCGUCUCUCUGUGUCUUUUUCCAGUCGUCCAAAAACUCCGGCAGGUUCGCGCGAUGUGGUUUUAGCUGCUGGACUCAGGGUCGAGAGUUUGGAUUCUUCACUGUGGGAUCUACAGGAUGCAUCUUCAUCUGAACUCACAACAUGUGCAGCCUGAAGAAAAGCGGAUCUGUGUGAUAAGUUUACUCUGAAUCCCCGAAACGCCUCUUUAAAACUCUCACACCAAGUCUCCUAAAGCGCAAUGAUUUUAACAACUUUUGUUAUUAUACUGUCCUUCCUGGACUCGGUGUUCACCUUGAAGGGUGACGGCAGCUCGUCCUCCCGGCCCGCCCGCCUGGACUGCGUAAAGGCCAGUGAGCAAUGUCUGAAGGAGUACAGCUGCAGCACCAAGUACCGGACCAUGAGGCAGUGCGUAGCGGGCAGGGAGAGCAACUUCAGUGCGGUCACCGGUCCCGAGGCGCAGGGCGAGUGCCGCAGCGCCAUAGAUGCCAUGAAGCAGAGCCCCCUCAAUAACUGCAGGUGUAGGAGAGGCAUGAAGAAGGAGAAGAACUGCCUCCGGAUCUUCUGGAGCAUAUUUCAGAGUUUACAGGGUAAUGAUUUGCUGGAGUAUUCUCCGUAUGAACCAGUCAAUAGCCGGCUCUCAGAUAUCUUCCGCCUGGCCCCCAUCAUAGCCGUUGAGCCCGCAUCUACAAAGGAGAACAACUGUCUGAAUGCUGCCAAGGCCUGUAACCUGAAUGACACAUGUAAGAAGUACCGCUCGGCUUACAUCAACCCCUGCACUAGCAGGGUGUCUGCUUCUGAGGUCUGCAACAAGCGCAAAUGCCACAAGGCCCUGCGACAGUUCUUUGACAAGGUUCCAACUAAAUACAGCUAUGGGAUGCUGUUUUGCUCCUGUCCUGCUGGGGAUCAGACAGCAUGUGCAGAACGCCGACGACAAACUAUUGUACCCGUCUGCUCCUAUGAGGAUAAAGACAAACCUAACUGUCUGUCUCUUCAGAACACAUGCAAGACCAACUACAUCUGCAGGUCAAGGCUGGCAGACUUCAUCAGCAACUGUCAGCCAGAAGCUCGCUCCAUAUCAGGCUGUCUGAGGGAGAGCUACGCUGACUGUCUGUUGUCUUACUCAGGUCUCAUCGGUACUGUGAUGACACCCAAUUAUGUGCGAUCACUUGGUAUUAGCCUGUCACCGUGGUGCGACUGCGGCAGCAGCGGGAACAGCAAGCCGGACUGUGAUAGAUUUGCGGAGUUUUUCACCAGCAAUCGUUGUCUACGUAAUGCCAUCCAAGCAUUUGGCAAUGGUACUGAUGUUGGAGUUUGGCAACCCCAGCCCCCAAUUCAGCCGACUGUACUAGAGCCAAGCAUCACUCGGAGGGGUAAAGACCGAACCGGUAACGCACUGAAUGCACUGACAGACAUGACCAAACUGGAUCUUGAUGACAACUCAUUAUAUCACAUCUGUGGCACCUUACAGGCCCAAAAACUGGUGUCAAACCUGACAGUAGAUACUUCUCAAUGUGUGAACCAUCAACUGGAUGAGUCUAGAGACUCAAAUGCCAUUCCUAGAAGCUCAGCACCUGAAUUCACCUGCCUAGACCCCUCAAGUAUGCUCCUCGCACUUGCCGUUGCUUUAACACCAAUAGUAUUAAGGCCUAAAGGCGUCCAGUUUUUGUAGGAUCUGAGGACUGCUGUACGGAUCAACACACUUAUCUCAAGAAGUGAUUCAACCCAUUUUGAUUUAGACAUUUGCCAAAGUGUUACACAUGCAUUUUUCUUGAGAUGGAAAUGGAAAAACCAAAAAACAGAGCACUGAAAUCACAGACAACAGUGGAUUACAUAUCUGAGGAGUCCAUGUUGACUGCUGCUGAAAACAGACCUGCUGAAGCUGCUGCUGAGAUAUCAGUUCAUUUGCCUGCCAUGCCUCGUGGGGGCAAUUUGGUGACUUCAAGAAUCAGAUUCACACUGAGGAACACUCUUUUUCUGGAAUUAAACCCUGUGAUCUGAUAAGCAGCAUGUGAAUAAAUCCACUUCUUUGGAAUGUGUUGCAAUCAGUGCACAUUCGACUGAACCGACUGCCAAUGUGCUGAACAGUGUUUUGGGGAUAAAGUGGAUCAUUCUCUGCAUAACUGUGACUUUAAUUUGUCCUGCCAGCAAACUUGCUUUAGUUCAUGAUAAGGAAAACUAAGUGUUGAUAUGUAACUGCUGAGCUAUGAUAUGUCACAAGGGACAACAAACGCAUUUCACAAACACACUGUAUGGAAUAUGACUCAUAAAACAUUUUAACUCGUUUAAAAUCUCACAGCAUAUUGUCAGAGUAUCCUCAAAGGACAACGACAUAUCGGCCAGAAGAAAGUAAAGAUUUUCUCUCCUACAUGUUCGGUA